UGCGGGUGCGGGUGCGGGUGCGGGUGCUGGUGGCGCUGUGAAGCAAACGGAGCCAGCAGCAGCAGCAGCAGCAGCAGAUGGCAACCCAAAGGUGGAGGAGAAGAAGGGGGAAGAGGAGGAGACGAAGAAGGAGAAGGAGCCUCAAGUCAUACAACUGAAGGACCGCAGCAAGGCCACCAUUACCUUGACCAAACAUGGAGACGAAUACAGCUUCAGUUUCAACAUGUCGUUUGGGUCUUUGGCUCAGGGCCUGUACGCCUUCAACUUCCACAGAUGUCCAAACCACUUCCCCUUGCUCCCCUACGCCCUGAGUGUGAAGAUGGUGGAGCGUAACCCUGGUGGCUACCUGUCGGCUGCGGAGAUCCCCCUCCCCCGCCUCUACAUCAGCAUGGCAGCCGUCUUCUUCACCGCAGCACUCAUAUGGGUCUACACACUCCUCAAGCACAGGUACAGCGUGUUCAAGAUCCACUGGCUCAUGGCGGCUCUGGCCUUCACCAAGUCCAUCUCUCUGGUCUUCCACAGCAUAAACUACCACUUCAUCAACACAGAGGGCCACCCCAUUGAAGGCUGGGCUGUCAUGUACUACAUCACACACCUGCUGAAGGGGGCGCUGCUGUUCAUCACUCUGGCUCUGAUCGGCACGGGCUGGGCCUUCGUCAAGUACAUCCUCUCCGACAAGGAGAAGAAGAUCUUCAUGAUCGUCAUCCCUCUACAGGUGUUGGCCAACGUGGCCUACAUCAUAAUCGAGUCUACGGAGGAGGGCUCCAGCGAGUACGCCCUCUGGAAGGAGAUCCUCUUCCUGGUGGACCUCAUCUGCUGUGGAGCCAUCCUCUUCCCCGUCGUAUGGUCUAUUCGGCAUCUGCAGGAGGCCUCCACAACCGAUGGCAAAGCUGCCAUGAACCUGGAGAAGUUGAAGCUCUUCAGGCAUUACUAUGUGAUGAUUGUGUGCUACAUCUACUUCACGCGAAUCAUCGCCAUCCUCCUGAAGGUGACCGUGCCUUUCCAGUGGCAGUGGUGCUACGAGUUCCUGGUGGAGGUGUCCACUCUGGUCUUCUUUGUGCUGACGGGCUUCAAGUUCCGGCCGGCCUCCAACAACCCCUACCUGCAGCUGCCCCAGGACGAGGAGGACAUGGAGAUGGACGAAGUUCUGACUGAGUCCGGGGCCCUGGAGGGCGUCACUAAGGUGAAGAAGACGUCCAAUGGCCGCGAGCGACAGAGGGAGGCCGCCUUAUGAAACCCCGCCCACCUCGCCCCAUCCUAACUCCUGAUUGGCUCUCGGAUACACACACACACACAGACACACCCAGACACAUGACUGAAACACACACAGACACACACACAUAGACACAUACAGUACACAUGCACACACACACACACACACACACACACACACACACACACACACACACACACACACACACACACACAUUCUUUUGUAGGGGAGGCGAUUGAACUCUUGGACUGUAAUUGUACUCUAUUGUACUCUUCUUAUGCCGCCCUCCCCUCCCCUCCCCUCCCCUCCACGCCACUCUUCGCCUCUCGUCUCCCCAGUUGAGACCAAGCCUGCCCCCUGCUGGCGUAGAGUCACAAUAGGAAGUAGACAGCUACUGCAGAGUGCUACUGGCCUGGCUACCACAGCAGAUAUACAGUAGCGGAGUUAUUCUGCAACUGAGGACCACAGCCACACCACACCAAGCAGCACACAGCAGCACACGAGCCCCCAGGGAGGGCUAAAGGGGUGGGGGGCAGUGGCAGGGUAGAGUGGCGGGUCUUGGAGAGAGGGUGACGGUGUCAUCAUGUGACCUUUGGGGCAGUGGGGGUGUCGGUUGGGUUAGGGGGUGGGGUUGUGGCAGGGCUUGUGUUGUAUCCUCAUCCAGCCAGGGGGGAGAGGGCUGGUCUGGUUAGGGUGGGUAGCAGUGCCGGUUGUUUCAUUAUCUGACAA